GGAUCGCGCCGGGUCUGGCGCUCCUGCUCUGCUGCCCGGUGCUCAGCUCCGCAUAUACGCUGGUGGAUGCAGAUGACGUCAUGACCAAAGAGGAGCAGAUCUUCCUGCUGCACGGCGCCCAGGCCCAAUGUGAAACGCGGCUCAAAGAAGUCCUGCAGAGGCCAGCUGACAUAAUGGAAUCAGACAAAGGAUGGGCAUCUGCAUCCACAUCAGGGAAGCCCAAGAAAGAGAAGGCAUCUGGGAAGCUCUACCCUGAGUCCGAGGAGGACAAGGAAGUGCCGACUGGCAGCAGGCACGAAGGGCGCCCCUGCCUGCCAGAGUGGGACCACAUCCUGUGCUGGCCCCUGGGGGCACCAGGUGAGGUGGUGGCCGUGCCCUGUCCAGACUACAUUUAUGACUUCAAUCACAAAGGCCAUGCCUACCGUCGCUGUGACCGCAAUGGCAGCUGGGAGCUGGUGCCGGGGCACAACCGGACAUGGGCCAACUACAGCGAGUGCGUCAAGUUCCUGACCAAUGAGACUCGUGAACGGGAGGUGUUUGACCGCCUAGGCAUGAUCUACACGGUGGGCUACUCCGUCUCGCUGGCUUCCCUCACGGUGGCUGUCCUCAUCCUGGCCUACUUUAGGCGGCUGCACUGCACACGCAACUACAUCCACAUGCAUCUGUUCCUGUCCUUCAUGCUUCGCGCCGUGAGCAUCUUCGUCAAGGACGCGGUGCUCUACUCCGGCGCCACGCUCGAUGAGGCUGAGCGCCUCACGGAGGAGGAGCUGCGCGCCAUCGCCCAGGCACCGCCGCCGUCCGCCGCCGGCUACGUGGGCUGCCGGGUGGCUGUGACCUUCUUCCUUUACUUCCUGGCCACCAACUACUACUGGAUUCUGGUGGAGGGGCUGUACCUGCACAGUCUCAUCUUCAUGGCCUUCUUCUCAGAGAAGAAGUACCUGUGGGGCUUCACAGUCUUCGGCUGGGGUCUGCCUGCCAUCUUCGUGGCUGUGUGGGUCAGUGUGAGAGCCACCCUGGCAAACACCGGGUGCUGGGACUUGAGCUCUGGGAACAAGAAGUGGAUCAUCCAGGUGCCCAUCCUGGCUUCCAUUGUGCUCAACUUUAUCCUCUUCAUCAACAUCGUCCGGGUGCUUGCCACCAAGCUGCGGGAGACCAACGCCGGCCGGUGUGACACGCGGCAGCAGUACCGGAAGCUGCUCAAAUCCACGCUGGUGCUCAUGCCGCUCUUUGGCGUCCACUACAUCGUCUUCAUGGCCACGCCGUACACCGAGGUCUCAGGGACACUCUGGCAAGUCCAGAUGCACUACGAGAUGCUCUUCAAUUCCUUCCAGGGAUUUUUUGUCGCCAUCAUAUACUGUUUCUGCAAUGGCGAGGUGCAAGCUGAGAUCAAGAAAUCCUGGAGCCGCUGGACGUUGGCACUGGACUUCAAGCGCAAGGCACGCAGCGGGAGCAGCAGCUACAGCUACGGUCCAAUGGUGUCUCACACAAGUGUGACCAAUGUAGGGCCUCGCACAGGACUUGGGCUGCCCCUCAGCCCCCGCCUGCUACCUGCCGCCGCCACCAAUGGUCACCCCCCACUGCCUAACCACACCAAGCUAGGGGCCCCGGCCCUCCAGACCACACCACCUGCCGUGGCCGCUCCUAAGGACGACGGGUUCCUCAAUGGCUCCUGCUCAGGGCUGGACGAGGAGGCCUCGGUGCCAGAGAGGCCACCGGUCCUGCUACAGGAGGAGUGGGAGACUGUCAUGUGAUCAGGGACCCAAGGGUUGGACCUGUGGACAUAAGGGCAAACAGGCGGACCAAGAGAUGGGUGGUUGGACGAUUGCCCACUCAGGGCUGGGGAUGGGAGGACAAAACAGGAAAAAAAAAAAGAAAAGAAAAAGAAAAAAAGAAAAGGGAAGAGGAAGCA